ACCUUUCAAUAAAUUACUACAGAUCCAGUUCAUUAAUAGAAGGUAAAUACAUACUAUAUAACUUCCUAUUUUACAUUGUCUCCAUUAUAAAAUAGCAUUGUUGUUUGUUUGUUUUUGCUAUACUUUAUCUCAAUAAAUUCAAUCUUAUAUGGUAUAUCACUCAAAACAUGUUCACAGAUCUCAACCGUUUUACUCUUCCCAAAAUAAUUUUUAGAGAACUAUAUGAUAAAGAAAAGUUCAAUAACAGGAAGACAAGUCCAUUUUAUACUUCCAGCAUAAUAAAAUUUUAAACAUUCAGAUAACAUCCGUUAAUAUUGAAAUUUAACCUGUCUCCUCUUUCUUUCCUUUUACAGAAAGCCCGGUUAGCCAGGAUUCGCGUAGCCAAAACAGGAGGUUCCAACGUCUUCCUUCACAGUAAGCGCAAUGGCCUCCUCAAUGAAGCACUGGAAUUGACGGGGUCUAUGGAAGAUGAGCACAAUAUCAGCAAAGCCACAUCCAUCAUUGAAAGUCAGCAUCACCACCUGCUGCAUUGCCUGGAAAAAACAACUGGAUUGUCCUAUCUUGUGGAUGAUCCCCUGUUAUCUGUACGAACUUCCACCUUCAAGAACCAUGAGUUCAUUGAUGAGCAGAUGUUCGAGCAAAACUGCUUGGAGAGUUCAAUGCAGAAUUACCCAUCAACCCGAAGCCCUUCCCUUUCAAGUCACCAGGGCUUGACUACCUCCUGCUGUUCUCGACGUAGUAAGAAGACAACGCACCUCCCCAAUUCCAGUGUGCCAGCAACCCGACUACGGAGCAUGCAGGAGCUCAGCACUAUACAUAUCCAGUGCAGUGAACAACCCUCGCUCACAACAAGUCGCUCCAGCCUAAAUAUGAAAUCAGAUGAUGGUCUGAGACCGAACUGCAAAGCUGCUCAAAUAACCACAGCAAUCAUCAGCAUCCCAACACCACCUGCACUGACACCCGAAGGUGAAAACAGGCCUUCCUCCUCAAGUCCCAGCCAUUCAAUGAACACAAUCAUGGCUAGCAGCAACAUUGUCAAGGUUUCUGCUUUGUAAGACUGACUUAGUCAAACAUGAUGGCAUUAGAUUGGAAGGCCAGUCUUUCUCCCUUUCUCCCAACUUCCAUGUUCCUUCUUUGCUGCAAAUUGUGCCUAAGUGAAUGGCUGGAUGGACAAUGGACCAACCUGACCAACAUCUAAGAACCGAGGAUGAGAACUGAAGGAGGCAGCUUCCUUCAAACUCACAUUCAUGCUGCAGAGCGAGCUCAGAAGAAUCAGGAAGCUAUGUUUGUAUGUAUGGGUGUAUGCAUGUGUGUGUGGGUGUAAGAACAGAGUGGCCAAAGGAUCUCUCUUUGACAAGUUGAAGCCUUGUUCUAAGACAUGAGGCGUAGAAUAGUUUUUGGAUAGUGAUAUAUAAGUCCUGUCAUAACUACAAGAAGGUCAGUAAAGAAGUAGAAUUAUAACACUGUGUAUCUCAGCACCUUUUUAAAGGUUUUUAAUGGAUAAUAUUUAUUCAUGAAGAAAUGACUGAAAAGGUGACCAAAAUGGAUUUUGUGAUUUUUUUUUCUGUCUUCAUGCAGCAGGAUCUUUUAUUUACCAAAAUGACUUCUUUAUUUUCUUUUAUACCCAAACAUUUAAAAAAAAAAACAAUUCACCUUGUCACAGGAAUUUAAUUUUCAUUCUUUUGUGCACGUGUGCAUGCGUGUGUAAGAACAAAUAAGAGAACCACAAAACUGGCAUUUCCCAACUAUGAAAGAUCUGAGCACACAUUCCUAUUUCUGGGCUCAAUCCUGCAAAGACUUACUGUUUGCAUGGUCACCAACAUGCUUUAAGUAAUGCUUGUGAAUCCAAUGGUUUUACCUACUGUCCAUCCCUUUCUGCAUGAGUGUGUCUUUGCAGGCUUCAGCCUUUAGUGCACAGUAGCAAAACAGAUGCCUGCAUGCAGUCACACACACACACAAGCACCAAUGAAACAUUCAUUUUAGAUGGUACUUUUUCUUAACACAAUUCUGUAAUUGCCUUUAAUUCAACAAAAAUUGUUGCAAACAGUGUAUUUGUCUGCUAAUUAUUGUCUGUGAAAAAAAUCAUAUUUGUGGAACAAAAGAACAGGCUUUCGUAGUUCACCACAGUUCUUUUCUUUUCAAAAUAUUAUUUUGGUUAUCAUGGACUGGUAGAGAAUGUGAUUAGAUUAACUAGUUCUGUAUUUUUAAAGUCCAGGAAAUGGCCUAGGGGAAAUUUAAUUUUUUUUAAAAAAUUAUUCAAGCAGUUUCAGAGGGCAAAAUCAUUUGAAGCAGCUGCUGCAGAUGUUCAUAACUGAAAUGUAAUCUAUACUCAUGCUUUCUUUUAUGUUUUAUAUGUGUUUCUUUAAUAGUAAUGGAAGUGUCUCCCAUUGUAUAUAAUAGUCAGAGCCUAUUAUAGAGCCAAAAGUUUUACAUGGACUGAAAUUGAAUCUCAUUUUGUAAUACAGUCCUGUGGCUCUUAGUGAAACUCUCUGGGUUGCAUUGGCUUAAUGGAUACAGCAAUAUAAUAUUUUACUUUCCCUAGAUAAAGCAUCAUUUCUUUUCAAUGAGGAAAUAUUGCAUUUAGAUUUGGGGGCCUACUUUAUAUUAGAAUUUCAUUUCUAAUCAAUUUAUAAAAUACUGUUAAUAGACGGUUUAAAAAUAUCUGUUUCAGAAUAGUUCACCAAUUGUUAACUGUUGUUACACUGUUUAGAAAGUUUAGGACUGUGAGGUAUAACCAUCUAAAGCUUUAUACCGAUAUUCUCCUAAUGUCUUUCUCUGGAGGCAAACUUUUGUGGCCACAUUUAUGCCAAGAAGACACACACUGCUGCCAAGCAUUGUGAACUGCACUCUUCUUUUCUUACUAAUUUGUGCAAUUUAUUAACCAUCUUAGAUGUGUUUAAGUUUGACAUAUCUGAUGUCCACAACAUGCUGUCUUUUGAUACCUUGCUUUCACUUUUAUAUAUCUUCACAAUGUAUAGCUCAAGACAUUUUGAGCUAGAAUUUGUGUUGCAGAAGGAAGACAGACUUUGCAGAUUCAAGCAUUAUUCAAAAGAAGGGGAGGAAACUGUGCUGAAAAAGUUAUCUUAUGUAUGGCUUUUGCUUUUGGUUGCUUUUUUCACAUAUAAAUUAAAGGUAUUGGAUGAGCAAUUAUUGGAAGUCACUAUAAGGUAGAUUCACAUGUUAAUACAGUUUAAUAUCUUAAACUGAGCCUGGAAUCAAAUUUUUGAAUAAGAUGUAACCAGAUUCAAAGUAAAAAGAGCUUAUAAAAAAUCCCACCUUUGUAAAUGUUUCAAUUUUUAGUUGUUAAAAUGAGGCAUUCCUGCACAUUGCACCAUAAGAGGUCUUAUCAGUUGAAGGAUUCAACUAAGGCAACUUUAAACUCUGUCCAUUGGCUUAUAUACAAAUAGCUGAGUCCAUGCACUUUGCUAAACAGGAAAAUUUGUUAAUCUGUUAUGUAACGCAGCUGGAAAGUAUACUGUACUCUUAACUAGGCAACUUAAAACAAUUUUAGUAUCUUGUAAUAAAAAAAAAUGUUUGACGUGCUAUAUGUUCUCCAAUAUACUGAAAAACUCAUUAUUCUAGUAAUCUGAAGGAGGCCUUAAUUUGCCACCCAAAAUGUCAGCUAUGACUAUCUCAUCUAAGAUGGCCCCCUUUAGAUAUGUAUCUGAUGCAAAUAAAUAAAUAAAUAAACAAACAAACAAACAAAUAACAAGGUCACAUACAUCCUAUCAAUGUUUUUGCUUUAACCAGUCCUGAAGAUAUUUCUGAUUUAGGCUCUGAAAAUAUGAACUAAUUUUUGAAUUUUAGAGUUGUCCACUUCAUAUCUAUAUAUAAAACUCUUACUUAGUAACUACCACUCAUCUAAUACACUUUGAGGAGGGAAAAGGUUACUAGGUAAGAAACUGUUGCCUUGUUUUCAUAAUUUCAUUGGUGAUGUUGAUCCUGAUUGAAUUACCUGCAGAUAGGCUAAGCUUCUAAUCUUUGUCUUCUGAUACUAGUACAUAAUCUAAGGAAUUGAUCAUGCAACUUACAGAAAUGCCUUAUUGAAACUCUCCUUUGCUUCAUUUUAGCUUCAUUACACGUUAACAAUCAGUUCCUACCUAGACAAUUUGAAGCAUAUUCAAUCUAUUCUCUUUAACAUACUGUGCUGAUUUUUAUUCCUAUUCAAAGGAUAGCUAUAAAAAUAUCCCAAUUCAUUUCACCCAUUAGCAGAAAUAAGACUUAUCUGGUUCGAAAUGGCAAGUUAGGUAAAAAGUGGGAGAAGGGAUUGGCUCUAUUAAGUUUCAGUCUACUCAGAGUAUAAUCUACCUUUCUAUAGCAAAUGUUUGAUCCUUUAAAUCUCUCCCCUCCAUUACAACAUACCUUCCAAAUUCCAAUUGCCUCCCCCAAAAGUAUAGCAGGAAACUACACAAAGUAUAGCAGUAGACAUAUAUUUCCUGCCUCUGGCCUAGCAAUGAUAUGCAAACCAUGGUUUUAAAUAUGGUUUAUGUCAUAGUGAUGAGUAAAUUAAGCCACCAUGGCUUGUUUAACAAUCCUAUUAACGCAAGCCAAAGGAUAGUUUACAUGUCUACCCAGCAAACAUUGGUACUGAUAUGUAUCGUACUACAUAUCAUACCAGGAGCCAUGGUGGCGCAGAGAUUAGAAUGCAAUAUUGUAGGCUAACUGUGCUCACUGCCAGGAGUUUGACCCUGAUUUGCUCAAGAUUGAUUCAGCCUUUCAUCCUUCCAAGGUUGGUAAAACGAAGAUCCAGAUUGUUGGGGACAAUAUGCUCACAUUUGUAAAGUGUCAGGGUGCUGCAAAGCACAGUCGAGUGGUAUAUAAGUGUUAGCGCUAAUGCUAUAUAGAUAAUUUAGUAAACUGGUACUGAAUUCUAACAAAGAUGAUUGUGUGCAAAGAAAAUAGAAGCCCUGAUACUUUCAUACAUCUAGAACAUAUUUUAAUGCUGAAGCUAAGCAGUUGCAAGCCUAGCCAAUGCCUAGAACGGAACUCACAUAUAUCUUUGUCUACUAGCAUUGGAAAUAUUUUUGAUGAAAUUUCCCACAUGCAACUAUUUAAAACAGAGUACUCAAAUGGUGAUUUUAUUUCAAAAAGUUUUCAUUGUAUCAGAAUAUAGUGGUAUCUAGUCUAAUUGCCAAAUUAGCAUUUUGUCCACCUGGGCAAGCUCUUUGUUUCAAAAUCCUAAAGUUCUAAGUAUGUGAUCCUGCUUUGAAAAGUUCAGAAUGUUUAGAAAAUUCAGGAAACUGAACCAGAUCCACAGUGAGAACACUUAUUUCAAUAGAAUUUUAAAUUCUAUUGCAUUUUCAUAAAUGCCAGUUUCUUUUUGUGAAAAAAAAAAGAGUUGGCCACUAUUGUAUUCGGGAAUACCAGAUCCCUUUAUCAGAUAAGACAAUAUUUUUUCUAAAACUUGGUGACUAGAGAAAACUUUUGAUUCCCUGAUAUCUGAUGGCUCUUUCAUGUGACUGAAUCACAAUGAGCAUGUCACGCUAACUUAAAAGUACCAAGGCAAUUAAGCCAAUGAGGAUUUGAUUUAGCCCCAAACAGGCCAGACUAACAUCCAUGCCAUUCAUUAUACUUACCGAAACUGCCCUUUCCUAUAUUCAUGAUCAAGACUAAUUUCUAGAAGAAGACCCACAAAAACUGACCCUAGAGGCCACUUCAUCUUGGUCUUCAUUUUAUUGUUCACAUACUCCUUACCUACAACUACAUGGACAGAGAAAAAUUGGAAGGAAUAUGUUUGGGCAUUAUCAUAAUUAUGCAUUCCAAACGCUGCAUGGUUAUGCCAAUCCUUUUUCAAAGCAAUAAGAGCAAGGAAAUUUAAAAGAAAAUAAUUGGGGAGGGAAGUGGUAUACUUGAGUCUACUUGGGAAGUUGAAAUGACAUAAAACAUGACUGUCACCAGCUGUCCCAAAAAUCUCGGUCAUAUGGUGUCUGCAUACGCAGAAGAAUGAAUUGCCUGGAAUGGGAGAUUAUUGGACUGGCUAUCUUAAGAACAGACUACAUAUCUAAUCAUAGUGCACGUGGUUUCUUAUUUUCCAUCAUUUCACCCAAUUAAUUGUCCAUAUAUAUUGCCCAUCCCGAUCUGGGAAUGAAAAUUUCAUUUUUUUCUUAAUAUAUCAAGUUUCUAAAACACUCAUUUUAUUUAACAUAAUUUAUGAUUUGUCAUGCUCUACCCCCCAAAACCAUUGCUUUUGAAACUAAUUUAAAAAUUACAGAAAUAUAACUAUAUUUGAUUUUUGUCUAUGAAAUUCUAGAUAGAGAUUUUACAUGUCAUGACUUAGAAUAUAUGGUAUCUUGCUUUACUGCCAUACAUCCACAAGGUAUGCUUGACUUACAACCACAGUUUGGACUGGAAUUUUGGUCCUUAAGCAUUGUGGUAGUUAAGCAAGUCAUCAGGUGACUGGACCUAUUUGUGCAACCUUUUUUCCCAGUUUUUAAGUGAAUAACAUGAUCGUUAAGCAAAUCUGGCUUCCCCCAUUGACUUUGUUGGUUAGAAGCCGGUUAGGAAAGUUAUAAAUCGCAAUCAUGUGACUGCAGGAUGCUGCAAUCAGCUAUAAAUGCAAGCCAGAUGCCAAGUGCCCAAAUCAUGAUUGUGGGGAUGGUGCAAAAGUUGUAAUUUCAAGGAUGUCAUGAGUUACUUUCUUUCAGUGCCAUCAUAACUCCAAACUGUCAUUAAAUAAGUGGUCAUAAAAGACUAUCUAUAGUUUCCGCAUACCAACAUAAUUUUGCUGGUGUCAAUGAGCAUAAUAUAAAAUUUCCUUCAGUUCUAUUGAGACAAAUAUACAUGGGAAUUUCCUUUCGCAUGUUGAUAACAUUCCUUUCUUUUUAGAAGGAGAUUAUCUCAUUUAUAUAAAUCCGUAAGGACUGAUGACGAGAAGUAAAGGAUAUACUGCAAAUACUUGUAAGUGCAAAUCUCCUAUUAAAUCAUUAAGUGCAUACGGAUAAAUAGAUAUUAAUGAAUCUAAGCUUUUUCUCCCAUGAAAAUUAUUGCCCCAGGUACACUACAAUUUGGGAAAUGUGAAAUGCACCAUGUUUUCAGGAAAUAAGAUAUAAUUUUAAUUAUUUUUGCAGCUAUUUUCUCGCCAAUUGAGAAGUAGAUACAUAGACAAAAUGUUAAUCUGACCAAAGGCUCUAAGCCUAAUUCUUUAUUUGGUUCAAGUUACUGUCACUGACAAUUUUUCCUUCUUGUAACCAAUUCAAAAUUGAUCUAAGAUAGUAAAGCAGACUUGGCUUUUCAUUAAAGAAUAUCAUUCUAUCGUGUGUUUCAAUUCUUCCAACCAAAUUCCAUUUUUCUCUUUCCAAUUAUACACCAAUUAUAUAAAUGUCUAUUUGGAACAUAAUGAUACUGAAUUUAAGGGAAAUAACUGUUAUAAUUGCACACAUACCCUCAAAAGAGUUGCAAAAAGCAAUAAAAAAGAAACACUUUAACAUUCUGAUUAAUAGUUCUUACGUGGUAUGAACUUUUUCUGCAGGUUGUUUUUUUUACUAUGUUUUUAUAUGUGUUCAAAUGGUGUUUGGUUUGCUUCUCCUGAAUAGACUCUUUUUGAAUUAGUUCAUAAUUAAAUUACUAUUCACGUCCAUCUCAAAAACAAGUCAGGCAUAGCAAAUAGAACCAUUAUUCUGUAACGUUUUCAAUAGCAAUAACCAUAUAUAAAUGCCACGUCAAAACUGAGAAACUUCUAUACUGGCUAAUUAAUUAAGACUAUAAUCCUCUAUAUAUCUAAAACUCAUUGAACACUAUGAGCUUCUUUUAGAUUAAAUGUGAUUAGGGUCACGUUGUAUACAAUUGUAUGGAUUGGAAAUGUUGAAUCCUAUCCAUGCAGCCCAUUACAAGUUACUUCUAGCGUCUAAUUUCAUUUUUUUUUCUGAAUCACUGCUAGUCUAGUUCAGCAAUUACUUUAAAAAUAAUGAAAACUCAGCAUUUACAAGUGAAAUGUAUGAGAUCCCAUCAUACAGACAUGAUUGCUGAUUGAAGCCAAUAUGCUCAGUAACGUUAACCCUUAAAUCUGACAUUUGCUCAAAUGAGGACUAGAGGUCUGCGCUUGAUCCUCAGGAAUAUUUCAAUGCAAUGAUAUGAAUGAAUACUAUCAAGGUGCCAGAGUGUUUCCAUAAAGCUACAUUAAAGUCCACGAGGUGUCAAAUGUUUAAACAGUCCCUCCAAUUUCAGAAAUGAACACUGCUAAAUCAAAAAGGGAAUAACUUCAUCUUCAUGUCCAGAGAAUUGACAAUGAAACUGAAAUAUCCAUUGUGUUUACAUUGUGAAAUGUAAAGUUCAAGAAGCACAGAGUUAGAUUUAAUGCUAAUUUGGCAAGCAAUUCUUUUAAUAAUCUGUUUUGGGGCCAAAUAUCCAAUCCUUCAGUGGUCUAGCUUGCAGUCAAUAAUUUCUCAGUUUGAUCAUAUGCAUGUAUGUGCACAUUGUUUUUUCUUUCUUUAAAGACAAGUGCUAAUCACAUUACAUUAUAUAGAAAUGCAAGUGAAAGAUUAUACUCUGUAUAAUAUCUUUUCCUAAAUUACUGUUGCAACCAUAGCUGGAGUUCCAGCAGUUCCGUAGACCAAUAAAAUACACUGCAGAAUAUGUGCGAUGGUAUAUUUUUGAUAAACCAGUGAGACAUUACAAUGCAAUUAUAUUUGCAUUAGAGGUUUUACGUUGUUACCAGAAUUUUGUCUCAAUUGUAUUAUUUUCUAUUUUCAUACUCUAAAUGGGCAUUGCUUACUACAAAACAUCAUACCCAAGACAAAUGUACUGUACAAAAGUGCAGAUAGAUUCAUUUGAUGAAACUUUCUAAAGGAUCCUUAGUUUCUUGUUGUCUUUUUUUGGAACUGUAGUGCUUAUGUUGAAACUUGUAUAUCAUUUACAGUACUGUGUCUUGUGCCACUGCUGUACCUGAUGUAUCCAUUCUGGAUUAAA